CCGGGAGGGCCCCGGGGGCGGCGGGCGCGGCGGCGGGAUGGAGUCGGUGGUUUUCAUCUUCUCGCUGAUCGACUGCUGCGCCCUCAUCUUCCUCUCCGUCUACUUCAUAAUCACACUAUCAGAUUUGGAAUGUGACUACAUCAACGCUAGAUCAUGCUGCUCCAAACUCAAUAAAUGGGUGGUCCCUGAGGUGAUUGGCCAUGCUGUUGUAACAGUAUUAAUGCUUAUUUCAUUGCACUGGUUCAUCUUUCUCCUUAAUUUGCCAGUAGCAACAUGGAAUAUAUAUAGGUACAUUAUGGUGCCAAGUGGAAACAUGGGAGUGUUUGAUCCCACAGAGAUCCAUAACCGAGGACAACUGAAAUCACACAUGAAAGAAGCCAUGAUUAAACUGGGCUUUCAUCUGCUCUGUUUCUUCAUGUACCUUUACAGUAUUAAUCAACAGAGCACCUCUUGAUUCUGCAGAGGAAGAAUAGAAGAAGAGUGACCUGAAGGACUGUUCUGUGGGAUCAGCUGCAAGGGAUUUGGUGACUCUCAGCCAGCCUGCAGCUUUGAGGGUUCUGCUGAUGAGAAAAAGCAAAUUCCUCAAAAGAAAGUGAGAUAAGAAUAAUCUUCAGAGUACAGAGAAAGAGGGGCAAAUGAGUGGACCUCCUCAAGACCCCUUUUCCAUUCUAAUCACUACUCCUGGACUGCAUUAGACACAGCUGUGUCUGUAGCCAAAAUGAUCUGCAAGGAAACUGAAUCAUAUGUGACAUCAUCUCACAUCCUGGAGCUUGUCUGCAAAUAAUGCAUUUCUUCUUAGAACAGAAUUAAAGUAGCCAGUCCCUUCAGCAUACUUGAAACUCAUUAGGAGCAAGACAUAUAAGAUAUUCCCCUUCUAAUGACAGAACUCUGUGGCUGUUCCUAUCUUCCAUACUGCUCUCAUACUUCUCUCCAAAUACAGCAAAACUGCUAUACCAUGUUUUGCUCUAAAACAACAGUCAGUGGAAUUUCAGGCAAACUUUCCCAAAUGUAGUCAAUCUACUUCCCACCCACCACCUAAAGAAAUCUCAGGAGUUCUAUCCCUUACAUUAUCCAAAUUUUUUGUUAUGUAGAAACAACUAUUCAAGCAUCAGCUUAAGUCUGCAGUUGAGCUCCUUGGCUGAAAAGCCAAAAACCUGUCAACAGUUUUCUGAAAGUGCAGGAGAUUUUUGUAAGGAGCAAGUUAAAGGAGAACUCUCAGAAAGAGAGAUGCAAGCUAGGAAAGGUGAUACACCAAGUGUAGUUACCCUGUGUGCUCUAAAGAUUCUGCCACACGGCGUAACAGUCAAAUGAUGCAUCGAUGCACAAACCAAGUUCACUCAAGACAUUAUUUAACUCUGUUGAGUCUGAGUAAGAACUUUGAAAUUAACAAACGAAAAUGAAAACAGAGACAUGGGUUAAGAUAGACGCACCUACAUGUCUAAACUGAGAAAAGAAAUAAGAAAUUCGUGGUAUGAAAUGAACACAUUGAAGCAGUGUCAUUACACUUCAAGAAGGGUGAUGAAAAAAAGAAAGGGAGAAAUUAAGGAUUCUUACACACAUGACGUGUGUGGAAAAACAAAUACUGUUCAUUUAAAACAGUCUUCUCCCAUCACUCACCCAGACAGUGUUGAAUAGAUGUUUCCAUGUAGUUUAUAUAUGCAGGUUAGAAUAAAUCUAAAUACCUAAAGCCUUGAAAACCUGAUUAAACUUACAGUUCAAAAGACAUUCUCAACUGCUACAGGAAAUGUGAGAAGAGUGCUCUGCCAAAUAUGAAAAUGAAUCCUUUGAGUUAUAUGGCCUAGUGUUAUUGAGACAUCCACCUACUUGAAAGGGUUUCAAUUUCUUUUUUAAAGAACUCAAAAAAAGAAAAACUGACAAAACUCUAUAAAGCUGCUUUCCCACUAGCUAUUUUUUAAGAGAUUUGUUUCUUUAGCAACCCUUGUUCAAACAGGUUAGCCUAAAACACUCACAAAAUAUUUGUUUGCUUUUAUUAACCAGAUAUCAGCUAACAAUUAACUGUAAGAUGUGCUAAGCAAGAUGUUUGGUAUUAAAAUCCAUCAAUAUAAAAGGAAGAUGGGUGUCUACAACCAACUGAUAAGUUAACAGCAAAAAACACUUGAUCAUUAAUUUCUUUAGAAUUACUGUUCGUUAAAAAACCAAAACCAAACAAAAUACUGAUAUUUCCAAACUAAAUAACAGAAGUCAGCUUUGCUGAUAUGCAGCUCUUGGCCCAGCACAUGCUGGUCCCAGUAACACACAAAUCACAGCAGUUCUUAUGCCUGAAAAAACCAUGGCGUUGCUGUUAGUCCACAGGCUACACAUCAACUAUGCACAUGAGAGAGGGUUUUAAGUCCUUCCAUCAUUUUAGUACCAAAAAGGACUCAGGCUGUAUGGCUUCCUAACCUGAAAUGGAAAAAAAUAAUUAAGUUCAGCUCUCAAAUCCUACUGAAAAUCAGCACGGAUCUGAAAAACCUUUCAUCUUCCAUUUCACAUACCAGGUACAGUUGUGUUGGUAAAAAACUGUAAGAACCUCAUUUCUCAUAGUGUUUUACAAAAAUUAGCAACUUCAAAUGUUGUGUGCAUAUGUUCAAGUUCAUUCAGUUUUCAAUUGUUAUGAAAUAUAUGGACAUACUUUCAUAAUCAUUUCUAUGAGUCAAUUAAAACAGUGUCAGAUUAAAUUAAUCAAUCUUUUUAUUUACGUAAGAAUAGAAAUGAGUAGGAAAAAUAUAUGAAAUAUCCUACAGCUACUUUAAGAGAAAUAGUGCCCCAUAUUAUCAAAACCUAAAACUGCAGUCUGUAAGAAAAUGGAUGAGUAUACUUCUACGUGCCAGUGUGUUUAAAUCUUUGUCUAAAGACAAGGCAAAUCUACAACAGUGACUAGCAUGAAGUACUAUACUGAUACAAUUUUUAGUUUAGCACAUACCAUUUCAUUACUCAGGGAUAAAGUAAUAAAUGGUGAAGUCAAUAGAGUAUUUAAAUCCAAGUGUACUAGUAGCAGCAAGAUAACAGAAAGGAAUUAGUCACUUAAAAAACCCAGAAGUACUCUCAGUAAGGGUGAUUUAGAAGAAAGGUUCCUCACUGCCAUGCUCCUUCCACUCUCACCCAGUGCUUCUCGUGGCCUUCAAGCUGAGAAUCUUCCCUGGAGGGCAAUAGCAGGCUCUACCCCGUGGUACCAAUUAGGAGUACACAAAGUUCCUGCCCCAAAGCUGCCUACAGUUCAAGCCUAACACUCACCAUCAGGUUUACAAGUGUCCUCCUUCACUAAUUUACACUGAUCAGGAUCUUCAGACUCUUACAUCCCAGAGAAAUACCCAGUCAAAGGGGUUACAAGUACCUGUUAGCCUGUCCUACCAAUGUCCUAUGGUUUCAUCCUAGCGAGAGAAAGCCGAGAGGGAGGGGAAAGACAAGUCACAAACAUUUUAACACUUGGCACACUUACUGGAUCAACCUGCCAUAUAAUAACAGUUGUGUCCUUCGAUCCUGUUGCUAAUUUAGUGCCAUCGUUGGAGAAUUUACAGAACCACACUUCAUUACAGUGCUCCGUUAGUAUCUGCUGUGUAUAGCAUGGGAACUGUUUCCUGUGAAAAGAAAGGCACAAAUUUGCAGAUUAGUAAGAAAGCAGCAAGACAUUUUUUUGAAAGUCAAGCUAGUAAAAAAAAAAAAAAGAACCAACCAACCAACCAAAAACCUUAUUUAAAUGUAAGGCCACACAACUCAGAAAAUUCCUCUAUUAACAGCUGCUUCAAAUAAGUACAGAAUGAAGUGUCUUAUCUGGUAGCCAUCAAGUGACUGUAACCAAGUCUAAGAAUGCAGAACUAUUCUUAUCUCACUCACAUAAACUGUUAUGCUUUCAUAUAGGUUGGAAUAAAACUGACCUCAUUAGGAGGGUACCAGCACAGAAAAUACUGGAGUCCAAGUCUCUUUAAACCCUAGGUGCAGUGUUUCAAUUACACAUGAGGUCUUUGUAGGUAUCUAACUCACUUAGCUAUAUCUUGCCCACUCUUUAGAAGUGAUUCUUCUGUAAGAGUUUUCUUCUUCUUGAAUGUGACCUCGUAAUAAGUUAGUUGUUUCUUUGCCUUCACUUUGUGCUAUUUUUCACUUUCUUUGCAGAGUACCAUAUACAGUAUCUAAGCAUAACUAACAAGAUACCAUAGAGCUUGAAAAGUUUAACUCACAAAAAUCUACAUCAUUUCAUAAAAUGUUGUGUUUAUCAAACAAAAUAUUACAUGAUAAACUACUGAAGAGGAGUCAGAACAUUCCUCUAGAGCUAAUAUUUAAUAAUCUAGUUACACACUGAGAACAGUCAAAAUAUUAAGUUAGGCAAAAACUGGAGACAUAUUUCAUUUACAUCUUGCCUAUAAGCUCUCUAUUAAGAAUUUCAGAGCUAAGAUAAAAUAAAUACAGGCUUUUACAGCAGAUAUAAGUAAUACUGCAACAACUGCAAGUUCAUUGUUCAGAGGCACUAAAUAAUAGUCUCACAGACAUUUUUUCUUGAACUCCAGGAAUCCUGAAGCGGUUCAGUCUUAGGCUGAGUUUUUACAGCACCCAAUAGAACAGGGCAACACAACUCUAAUGGGACAGGAUGCUACUAAUGUAAUGUCAGCCUCCUUGAAUGUGCAGUUGUAAUUAUAACUGGAGAUAAACUGGCUUAAAAUCCCCCCAACAAAAACACAACAUGUUCCCCCACACCAAAGGAAAUGAAACAAACAUUCCCCCCCAAUCAUUUGAACAGAAAACUUCCUUCCUUCACGUUUGUGUUUAAAAAUACAGUUUGGUGGUAGCCAGGCUGACAGACACCUGAAAAAUUACUUCUUACGUGAAGCUAGAAAAAGUUCUGCUUAAAAAAAGGUCUAUACCUUCUUGGUAAUUUUCUUUUACUAGAAGAGGCUUCCUAGUCCAUGAUUAAAGACUAUCGAGCAGCACUGAACAACCACAGUCUCAUUUCCUGUCUUAUGGUAGAGGGGGAUAAACAAAAUGUACAUAUAUAUAUAUAUAUCUGCAGUUUGCUCCUUGGGUAUGUCUACUUACUUGUUUAUAGAGAAACACAAGUGUGUUCUGCUCCUGCUUUAAGCUGACCAGGAACUGUCUAGUUGCCACUGGAAGAACACUGAACCCAAGGUAAAAAGCCCCACCCAUGAAAGAAGACUUUGUUUUCCUUGAAGUCUAUAUGGAAGUAGGCAAGCCCUUACACAGACAUGUGCACCUACAGGAAGAGUGUUUCAUUAUUAUUUAGCCAUAUUAUAAUAAGUUAAUGUUUUUACUCAGGGCAACAACUUGCUCUAGAAGGUGAGUCUUUUACUGUAACUCAUACAAAGUACAAGGGCCACACUGUGUCCCAGGAAAGCCUUUUCAGCAUAUUUCAUUUUAAAAAAGUACUCUAUGGAACAACAGCUCUUGCAUUUUAAAGCUUAAGAAAAGCAGCCAAGGUUUUGCAGACAUGAAAAGCAAGCAGUUAUAAGAUUGGAAUACACAGUUUUAUCUUCAGAUGGCUUUUACGUUCCUAAAAAGGGCAACAGUUGGUAUAGCUGCUGGAGACACAUCCCAAUACUGCAUUAUGCUGCUCACAACCCAGUCGGAGCAGAGCACCCUCACAAAAAGUUCUCUAAACUAGUAGAACAUACAACUCAGCAAGCCUGACUUCAAAGACAGCACAGCUACAUUAAAUAACCCUUCUGCAGAAGGAAAUAGCAGCAGUCUUGAAAUAAGAAACCAGAACCAGUUGUCUAACAGUUUCUGGGUUUGGUAAUUAGAUAUUAUUGUAGCUCUAAGGUUUUUCUUUAUCUUUUUUGAAGUGUUUCAUUACAAAAUGUUCUGUUCAGCACAAAACACCUGAAUCAUGUUGUUCACAUACUGAAAUAAAGCAUCUAAUAAAGUUA